GCAACAUGAACACCCUGCUCUCGCGGGCGAACUCGCUGUUCGCCUUCACGCUGAGCGUCAUGGCGGCGCUCACCUUGGGCUGCAUCCUCACCACCGCCUUCAAAGACAGAAGCGCGCCAGUGAGCCUGAAAGUCUCCAGGGUCCUGCUCAAAAAAGUGGAGGACUUCACCGGACCCAGAAAAAGAAGCGACCUGGGCUUCAUCACGUUCCACAUCUCUGCGGAUUUGGAGAAGACUUUCGACUGGAACGUCAAGCAGCUCUUCCUUUACCUCUCGGCAGAAUAUUCCACGAAAAGCAACGCUGUGAACCAGGUGGUCCUGUGGGACAAGAUCCUUUUGCGAGGAGAGAACCCCAAGCUGGAUCUGAAAGAUGUCAAAAGCAAGUAUUUUUUCUUUGACGACGGGCACGGUCUCAAGGGAAACAGGAAUGUCACUUUGACUCUGUCCUGGCAAGUUAUACCGAUUGCUGGCAUUCUGCCUCUUGUGACUGGAUCUGGACGCGUGUCUGUCCCAUUUCCAGAUUCGUAUGAAAUAGCCACGGCUUUUUGAAGAACUCUCUCUGCGUGUGUGUUAAGGAAUAGUAGUUAAAAACUGUCAAGAAUCUGAAGAAACUCAUGCUAUAAACUUUGUGUGUGGGCAUUCGUGCAUGUUCACAUUGAAUGUGAUUUAGAGGCAGACUUUUGCUCGUCUCUUGUUAAAGCAUGCUUGAUGGCUGAAAAACAGUUAAUGUGAUUAUUCGGUAGCUGCUGAAAGUUGAAAAUAAGGUUACUAACAACUUUUUCUGAAGAGUGAAUACAUCUGUAAUCUGUAAAUCAUUGUAACACCUUUAAUGGCUGUCUGUCUAAGAAAUUGGGUCUUUCCAGGUUUUCCCUACUAAAGUUUUCAUGUUUUGCAUCGUUUUUAAAUAAUUUUUUACAUUGUCAUUGAGAGUUGAAAUGUUUGCAUGACUUCCCCACUGAGUGAAGCUUGUUUCAGUGUGUAUACUAGGUGCUAAUUAUGUACAAUUAUCAGAAAGUCUCCACUUUCAUAAUGUUUCAUAAAGUAUAGUUUUCCAUUUGCAAACUCUCUUAUAUGCUAUCCUAUUCUAUUGUCAAUCAUCUAGUGAUGUAUAUAAUACAAACAUAGGCUCUUUGAAGAUGAAGAAUGUGAAAGACUGUAGUUUGGGGAAUCC